AUGAUUCGCGUGGUGGCUGGGACGUAUGAAGGCUUGCUGUACGGAUGGGAAUGCCCCACAGUGACUACGGGCGAACGCACUAAGAUGAAGCUCACCUUCGGAUAUGCAGCACACUCGGAAUGCAUCAAGAGCGUGGCGCUCAUGGCUGCCAAACAAGGAAAAACACUGUUGUCUGGCAGCAGCGACGAGAUGAUCAAGAUCUACAAUGUCGACAAGGGCGUGGAAGUCGGAAGUCUCAUGGAGCAGCACGGGGCCAUCUCGAGCCUCGAGUUUUUCGGCCAAAGCCACGUACUCAGUGGCAGCGCCGACAAUUUCAUUUGCAUCUGGCGUACAUCAGACUGGAACUGUCUACACAUCCUUGGAGGCCACAAGGGCGAAAUCAACUCGAUCGCGGUGCAUCCUAGUGGCAAGUUAUGCUUUUCGGUUGCACGCGACCGUACACUACGCAUGUGGAACCUCGUAAAGGGCCGCAUCGCUUUCAUCCGUCGACUGGAAAAGGAGGCAGAGCUCGUCAUGAUCUCGCAGAAGGGUACACACUACGCACUCGGCUUUGGCAAGGACUUGUCGGUGUUCAACAUGAACGCAGAGCUGGUGGGCACGUUAGAGCACUCGAAGAAGAUUCACUGUGCUGCAUUCGCCACCGAUGAAUAUGUUGUCUGUGGUGGUGACGACAAGCAAAUUUUUAUCUGGAAGACCAACGGAACGUACGUGUUGCGUCGCCUGAAGCCACUGGUUGGAAAGGUGACGCACAAAGAUAUUGACGCGCGCAUCCGAUGCCUGCAAGUGGUGUAUCCGCAUGGCGAGGACAAGCUGCCGUGGAUUGUGUUGGCUACUUCUGAUGGCGCGUUUCAGAUCUGGGAUUUCGCCUCGUUCACAUUGGACGAGUCGUCCCCUGAGGAGGCAAACAAGUUGGUGGAACCGAUCGCCUCGACUGUACUCCUUACCAAGCCUCGUGUGACCUGCCUGUCCGUGUGCGCUGCAAAUGAAAAGGCCGCUAAGGAAGCUACCGUAAGCGAGGAUACUACCACGAAGAUAAAGAAGACCAUGAAAAGCAAGAAGGUUACUGAAAAGAAAUUAUCUGCUCCUGCUGCUGGUAUUCCACACGUGGUUGUCGAGCUGGAUGCUGGCGAAAGUAAGGCUGAAGAUGAAGGCGAAUCGUCCACUAAGCGCAAGUCAACAGGUGAAACCCAGCGUAAAAACAAGAACAAGAAGAGAAAGCAUAAAAAGUAG